AUGGCGUCCCGCGUCGCCCGCGUCGCCGCCCAAGACGCCGUCGCGCGUCCACGGCGACAGAACUGCCCGCGAUGUCGACGCGCGCUCACCGUGUGCGCGUGUAGAUCCGUCGAACGCGCGCUCGGUGGGCGAGGUAAGGUGCGAAACAAAACGCACGUCUUGGUGCUCCAGGACCGCGCCGAGUUCAAGCGCGCGCUCGGGUCCGCGGUCGUGUGCGAGCUCGCGCUGGAGCGGUGCGAGAUCAAGGUGUUGUUCGAGGAUCUACGCGAGCGAGGGAGCGCGGUGAAGAAGCCGUUCGCGGACGGUGAGGAGAAAAGCUGGGGAGUGCUGUGGCCGUGCGACGAGGCGACGGAUUUGAGUGAUUUGGGUGCAGAGAGCGGUCGGUUGAGGAAUUUGAUCGUGUUGGAUAGCACGUGGCAUCGGGCGAAGGCGAUGUAUUACCGCAUUCCGUGGUUGAGUGAGCUGGCGAAGUAUUCGAUAUUACCUCGAAAGAAGAGUAAUUAUCGCAUAAGGAAACAACCGAACGAACACUGCCUGAGCACGGCGGAGUGCGUCUCGGAGGCGUUGAUCGCGCUCGAGGGGGAGGAAUCGGGCGCAGAGCGCGUGUCGCUUGCGUUCGACGCCAUGAUAGACGAUCAACUUGACGCCGAGCUGCGCGCGUUCGAGAGCGGGCCGCGGGUGAAAGGACGGCCCAGCGCCGUGCUCGCACGCGAACGCGACGUGCGCUCGCCUAGUUCAUAG